AUGGCCCUCAUUGACAUUAGAGUCUUCCUAGAAUCUAUGAGUAAAAAGCUUAGUGAUUACGACCUUCCAAAUGUCAAUGCACACAUUGAUUUACAAUCAAGAAGCUAUCGUGAGGUGCAAGAAGAAUACUCUAUAAAUAUGGAAAAUGAAGACUUACUUGCGCGGGACUCUCUCAAUCCAGACCAGAAGUUUGCAUAUGAUGAGAUAAUGAGGCAUGUGGAUGAAAAUAUUUCUGGUGUAUUCUUCAUAUAUGGUCCUGGUGGAACUGUAAAGACAUUUUUGUACAAAGCUUUGUUGGCCAAUAUUCGUGCCCGUGGUCUUAUUGCACUUGCAACUGCCACGUCAGGUGUUGCGGCUAACAACAUGCCAGGAGGGAGAACAACUCAUUCACGAUUUGGAAUUCCUCUUAAUCUUGAUAAUAACUCGAUGUGCAAGAUCACUAAACAAAGCGGGAAGGCUCAACUAUUUCGCGAGGAAAAGGUAAUCAUAUGGGAUGAAGCAACAAUGGCUAAGAGGCAGGCAGUAGAAGCAGUUUAUCGGACAAUGCAAGACAUCACAGACGAGAAAGCUCCCUUUCAGUGGAAAGAUAAUGGUUAUGGGAGUGUUGAUGAGAUUAAUAAUAAUUUGAUCGAACGAUUUUCUGGCGAGCAAAAAGUUUACUAUAGUUUUGAUGAAGCGGAAGAUGACAAAAAUAACUUAUAUCCGAUAGAAUAUUUGAACUCGCUAAAUGUUAGUGGUGUACCCCCUCAUUAUCUUCGGUUAAACACUGGGUGCCCAGUAAUACUUUUGCGAAAUAUCGAUCCUUCAAAUGGGUUAUGUAAUGGCACCAGAUUGAUAUGUCGAGCUUUCCAACAAAAUAUCAUUGAUGCAGAGAUAUCUGUUGGUCAACAUGCUGGAAAAAGAGUGUUUUUACCAAGAAUUCCUCUAUGCCCGUCUGACAAUGAGAAGUUCCCAUUCAAACUAAAGAGAAAGCAAUUUCCAAUUCAGCUUAGUUUCUCUAUGACAAUCAAUAAAGCUCAAGGACAAACAAUUCCAAAUAGGAAUAUCACGUGUCAAUACCAAGGUAUUAGUAAAGCCGGAAAAAAACGUUUGAUAAUGAUGGAAUCUACACAUCAAACGUUGUGUACAAAGAAGUUUUAUGUAAUUAACAAGAGUUUGCAGAUGAAGCAACAUGAUUGCAGAUUGGUGUAG